UUUUUAGGGCUCGCGUGCUAAACGCUAACUGGCCCCCAAAAAUCUCCAGUCGCCGAGGAUCAUGUCAAUGACUCAAUUCGCCAUGGUGGAGGAGUUGGCUUCCCUUAUCAAGGACAAUCUAUCUUGCAAGCAUCUUGUUCUUUCCGUAGAGGAAGCCUUGGUUAAUUUCCUUCAAGAUGAUGCGAGCCAAGAAGGAUUUUUGGAGCUUCAACCAAUGAUCCCGUACCACCGUAUGCUGUUGCAUCGACUUGCAGAUAUUUACGGAUUUGCUCAUGAGUCUGUUGGUGAAGGGGAUGAUCGCCAUUUAGUUCUGGAGCGGUGUGCAGAUACAACAAUACCUUCGAUCCUUGUCAGCGACAUUUUAUGGCAACAUGAUGAGUAUCAAUUUCCCACCCCAUCACCCCAUAUCUUGAGAAGGAAAGAAGCACCAGAGCUGAAGAAGAAUGAAACUUUUCCUCCAUCAACAUCACUCGAGGAAAGAGAAGCAGCUUAUAUGGCUGCUCGUGCACGAAUCUUCUCUCUACACGAGAGUGAUCAGAAGGAAGUAACCGCUCCGAAGUCCCGAAACAUUCCUGUUGUUGCUCGACGAAUGAUUGCACAUGCGCUCGGGACAAAGAUUAGUUCUAAUGCUAGUACUGAAGCACCUGAAACUAAGAAAGAGAGUGAAGAGCAUGUAUCUUCAAGUUCAGAACAUUAUGAAGAAACGACUACAAAAUUGCAUCGGCAUAGAAAUAAAACGUAUGAUAGGCAUGCAGACAAGAGCAGUAGGUCAUCCAACGGUUUUGUCUUGAAAAAGGGGGAUACAAGAGCUGAUGAUUUAAAGUCAUCUUUAGACAAUCCCAUACCAAAAGGGAACAAUGGAAAAGUAGUUACCGCCGAGAACUUGGAAAGACAGCAGAAAGGUGCUGCCAAAAGGAUAUUUGCUCAUGCUUUGGGCCUGACAUCUGGUAGAGGAAAUCAGAGUUCCUCUCUGAAGUCUAACCAGGGGAAUAGCGCUUGUGGGCAGAACAUUUAGAGCUCGUCUUACAGUGAAUCAUGGAAGAUAACUUUUACCAUCUGAUGUUUGAUCGGAAAAUGCUAUAUUAAAGAUUGCAUAAGGAGAGGUGUAGCGAAUUCGAAAAUUUGCCAUGUCCCAGAAUCGUGCAUAUUGCCCAAACCAGCAAGAAGAUGCUCACGAACUGAGGAGUGCACUGGGGAGAUAAGUUGACCUUGAUAUUUGUAAGAACUGCAGAUAGUAUCAAGGGUAAGUACUUCAAGAGGGUUUACAUUGCUGUCGUGGACGAAACGAAUCGAGCAACUUAUUUGACACUUUACUCGACUUCUUCCGCACCGACUGGAGCAGAAAAACUUGAAGAAGCUAGCUGCUGUUUGAGAAAUUAAAAACGAGGCUGUGGAGAUGACUGGCGUCGAAAGUAUCGAUUCUGCCAUCUCUAAUCGGAACUUUGGAAAUAAGUUGCAACCCCUUUAUUAUUUGUUUGCUUUCUGUGGUGCUUUUUCGCAUGAUGUUUUGCUGCAGAAUCCUGCCGGUGAAUAAGGAAAUCUUCAGGCCACAGAGUAUUAACCUUUUGAGCUUAAAGCAGUGUUUUUCUUUGUCCUUUUUCUUUUUUCUCGUAGCAUCUUCAGAUCCCUCUGUACGUAUAUAAAUGCAUAUUUUAGUCCUAUAUAUAUUUGAUCGGAGUCAGGACCGAUGGUUGAGCUA